AUGACCCUAGAUGAUCAUGUACCUCCCUCGUUGCCCCUCCCCAGGGGUGUCUCCAGCCGCUACAUCUCAACUCCCGAACUCACCUUUCACACCCUCGAAGCUGGUGCCACUCCUACUCAGGAUCGCCCCUUAGUUGUCUUACUACACGGGUUCCCUGAGAUCGCCUACUCCUGGCGACGAGUUCUACCCCAGCUAGCAGAUGCAGGCUUUUAUGCUAUCGCUCCGGAUCAGCGUGGCUUCGGCUGUACCACCGGGUGGGACAACAGGCCCUUCGAAGAGGUCGAUCUAACCAGCUUCUCGUUAACUAACUUAGUCCGCGACGUGGUCAUCCUGGUACAUGCAUUAGGAUACCGGUCGGUACAUUGUGUCGUGGGUCAUGACUGCGGCGCCAUGACCGCGUCUAUGUGUGCGCUCAUGCGGCCAGACUUUUUUCGCAGCGUGGUGCUAAUAAGUCAUCCCUUCAACGGGAGUCCGACCCUUCCUUUCAACACCGCAAACGAAGGCGCAGAAGAGCAAGCCACGGCAGCUGCUCGUGGUGGUAGCGGUGGAGCCGAAGGUUCUGCUGCUGCGUCAGGUAUUCACAAAGCUCUUGCCCAAGCUGGUCGCAAGCAUUACAAGUGGUACUAUUCCACGGCACCAGCAAAUGGGGAUAUGUCUAUGGCUCCACAUGAUCUACACCGCUUCCUGCGUGGCUAUUUUCAUCUCAAGAGUGGAUCAUGGCCGGGCAACCAGCCACAUCGGCUCAACGGGUGGACGGCCGAGGAAGUUAUGCAGAUGCCGUAUUACUACAUCAUGCCGUUGGACGCGACAAUGCCCCAAGCAGUGGAUAAGCAUAUGAUUGAAGACCCAUCAGGAGGACAGGCUUCGCAUUCAUGGCUCCCGGAUGACGAGCUUGCGGUCUAUGUAGCCGAAUACACUCGCACCGGAUUUCAAGGCGGUUUGAAUUGGUACCGUGUUCGCACAGCUGCUGGGGGCAAAUACACGAAGGACUACGACCUUUUUGCUGGGAAGAAAAUUGAGCCGCCAUGUUCUUAUAUCUCGGGAGAAAAAGAUUGGGGCACAUACCAGGAACCUGGUGCUUUGGAAAAAAUGACCAGUGGCGCCGUUUGCUCUGAUUUCAGGUCUCUCAAGGUUCUCAAGGGGGUUGGACAUUGGAUACCCCAGGAAGCUCCGGAUGAGGUGGUGCAAACCAUCAUCGAAUUGACCAAAGAGCUGGAAGGAUAA